GAUUCUAAGUUCAAACUCCUAUAAGUGAGCCGUAACAGUGGCUGUUGUGCCUCACUUUAUUGCUUAACGAAGAUUGAAAGAUGAGGAAUAGUGGCUAAUUGAGAGCUAAAUGUACACCUUAGCCGUGCAACAACAAAGCCCUAAAUAAUUGUGGCUACCCCCAAUGUUUAUAUUAUUAAAACAUGCAUGCAUUCGGUGUGGCAUAGGUGAUAUGUACAAAUCGGAAAAAAAAAUAAUAAGAUGUAAUAAGCACUUCUUUGUAGUAUUGCCCUCCGUAUGUCGGGGUAUAUUAAGGUAGACAUUUCGCUCCCUAGUUCAUGAAUAGAUUUUUCCCCACUUAUCUACCAAUAAUUAAAUCACAAUAAUGUUGUACUCUGCCAUUGCCCUUACUCUCGCUUCUGCCACUACCGUCCUCGGUGCCACUUCUAACAUCGAACUUUUCGCCUCCGCUGCUGGUACUCCAGCCGAUGGUCUUGGAUUGUCUUCUAUUCACGAAGGUGCCGGUAUCAACUACUUCUUGUUGGGUGAAGGUGCUGAAGAACUUUCUUACGAUGAUGAAACCAAGGUUGUCAGCGCUCAAUUGGGAACUCUUACUGCUUCCUUGAACACUUUGGGUGACUUCCUUGCUAUUUCUGUUACUGCCCCACAAGAAGUUACCUUUGACGGUGACAAGUUGGUUGUCAACGGUACCAGCACUUUCUACGCUGCCAAGAACGUCAACGACCCAUACAACUACUCCAAGAGUCUGUAUGCUGUCAUUGUUGCUGAAGAAGGUUCUGCCCCAGCUGAUGCCAUCAAGAUUGAAAUCACCAAGAAGGGUGCUUCUGCUUCUUCUUCUGUUGCUUCUUCUUCCACUGCCUCCGCUACCUCUUCUGCUACUUCUUCUGUUGCUCCAUCCGUUACCCCAGCUAACGGCGGUGCUAGAGUUGGUGCUGCUGCUGGGGCUGGUCUUGUUGCUGCCGCUGCUUACUUGCUUUAAGCGUGCUCAAUUGCAUAAUUACACAUACGUAAAAAAUUAAGGAUACCU